AUGGCUGAAGCGAUCACAGUCGUAGGCCUCGUCGCAGCCAUAAUCCAAAUCACCAAGUGCUCGAAGAGAAUCCUCGAUCACUGCAAAGAUGUCAAUGACAAGUCAAUUCAAGUUCCCAGAAGUAUCCAAUCUGUGACCAUUCAACUCCCCGUGCUCAAUCAUGUUCUCGAUCAAGUCAAGUACCACGUUGAAUCUAAUUCAUCACACCAGGAUCCCUGGCCUGCACUACGCUCGCUUCUCGGAGCCUGCUCCAAAGAGAUAAGGCACUUGGAAGGCGUCUUGAGCAAUAUAAUCCCAUCCUCGCCUGCCAAAAGUUGGAACAAGACGUCUUUACUGAUGAAAAGCCUUCGAUAUGACGCCGAAGUUACAAGAACGACUCACAAUCUUGGCCAACUGACUCAUACAGUUCACUUUUACCUGACCAAUGAGACAGCUCAAUCAACACGUAUGCUGGUAGCUAAUAGUCAAAAGCUUCUUCAGAUUGCCAUAUUGCAAAGAGCAAAGGUCAGAUUUGAGCGCUGUUUGCCGCAGGAUGACAAGAGUAUGCUGGAGCGUAACUUGUUAGGGCAGACCGCUCUCCAUCUUGCUGCCGAUUGGCCGUGGGCUUGUCAACUUCUUCUGGAUGCUGGGGCGGACUACACAGUCACAGAUCGUCUCCACCUUCUUCCACUAUCAUAUGCAUGUCAACUGAGCUGUUGUGACACCGUGCAAAUGCUCUUAGCUGCCGGCAGCCCUUUUCUGACAAACGACGUUGAGUCUACUCACGUCUUAGAGCAUGCAGUCGUCGCGAAUGCCGAUGAGGAGCUCCUUUCUUUCCUUGUCCAGGAACUAGCGCAUCGAAGACGACUUCUUCUUGAAAGCGCGAAAGCGCUCCUCCCGCGCCAGAAGUUCAGUGCAAUUACCGCCUCGAUGAACGGAUUGCCCGAUACGGAGGCGCCAUCUUUGGUAUACGCGAUAAAUGAGGUGGGUGGCUCAGCAGACCCAAAUUACUACUGCUGCACGGCAUAUACCAUUUACAAUAUCUCAUACCUUACGACGACUUUAGCCGAGCAACUGUAUGCAGCUGGGUUCCAGAAUGUCACAGCAAGAGACUCCGCAGGUUUCACACCUCUUGUGAGGGAAGUCACAAGGACAAGGAAGGUUUGGGACCCGAUGGACCCUACACCGAUGAAUUUCCCCAUGAUCAUGUGGUACUUCCGCAAAGGCGCUUCUUUUCUGCAGCCUACACCAUCAAAGGCCUCGAACUCGAGAUGGGUCUCCACAGUCAAUCUGGUGGCACAGGAAAUUGGGCAGUGGUUCGAAUUGGAAGUCCAUAGCCACCUAUCAUUCGAACAAAGGCUACAGAUCCUUCCAAAAGAGUCAAUGAAAGAGGUUUUGCAACUGGUUCUAGGCUCUCGAUUCAUAGGCUCACAUGAUUUCUGUCGCUGCAAAUGUUCUCUAUCUGGAUGCAGGCCACCCAAAAUGUUCCUUAAGGGAUUUGGAUGGUAUCGCUAUUUACAAAGGCGGACACUUCUACGUCUCAGACUCAUCGACUGGAUCAUCGAAAUCCUUUUGGCGACUGGUGAUCCACGAGAUUCAUGGGUUUUCAGCCACAGCGCCUUGCGACUAUGCUUAUUUGAAGACCUUGGACUUCGUCAUACUUGUUGCCGAAUCACAAGCGGCGGUAUCGUGCCACCAGUCGAUCUUGAAGAAGCUCAAGAGAUGACAGAAGAGGAUACGCUCCCGAGGCAGAGAUUUCAUGAACUAUAUCCUAAAAUCGAUGCGGACUGGGAGCGAACAACUGCAUCCUUCUCCGACUUCUAUACCAAAAUCCUCAGGGAUCAUAUUCAGCAAGACGGCAAUGAAGGCAUGGACCCUGCCUACGUUAAGUCGCUUGAAGCUGCGGGUGUUAGAAUCUUGGACAAAGACUCUCAGUCGCAGGUACUAUCGAACGACUUUGAGGAAGAAACUUUCACUGAAGUCGGUGGUAAUUCGCAAGUCAUUGAAAAUCCAACAAUAUGA